AUGAACCGCCUUAUAUGCUUAAACUCUUGUUAUAUUAACACGAUAAGAAGUAGUUACAAUAAGUCAAGCCAAUUGUUAUUGUCACCUAAAAGUGUGUCUCCAGAAUUGCUUAUAGUAAGAAAAGUACACGAACAGAAGAAGAUACGUUCAACCCUCAAUUAUGUGAUCGCUUUAGGAGUUAUGACAGUAGGUUUAAGUUACGCCGCUGUACCUUUAUAUAGGAUAUUUUGUCAAGCAUACAGUUAUGGGGGUAGCCUAGGGCAAGCCGAUGCAACAGAUGAAGUAAGUAAUAUGAAGGCGGUAAAAGAUAGACCUAUCAAAAUAAGGUUUAAUGCAGAUGUGGCAUCCUCUAUGCAGUGGAAUUUUAGGCCACAGCAAACAGAUAUUACAGUGGUGCCAGGAGAAACAGCUUUAGCUUUCUACACAGCUAAGAAUCCCACUGAUAAGCAGGUGGUGGGCAUUAGUACUUACAAUGUGGUUCCAUUUGAGGCUGGUCAAUACUUUAAUAAGAUACAGUGUUUCUGCUUUGAAGAACAAAUGCUAAAUCCACGUGAGAUGGUGAACAUGCCAGUGUUCUUCUACAUAGACCCAGAGUUCAGUGAGGAUCCAAAGAUGGAGUACAUUGAUGAGAUUGUUUUGUCUUACACUUUCUUUGAAGCUAAAGAGGGAUUCCAACUUCCCGUUCCUUCAUAUGCUAAGUAA